UCUCGUCAGACACCUGAAGGCGAGUUCCUGCCUCUGGACCAGUGCGAGUUGGACGUUGGUUUCGGGACGGGAGCAGACCAGCUCUUCCUGGUUUCACCGCUCACCAUUUGCCAUGAAAUUAAUCCCAAGAGCCCCUUUUUCGACCUCUCCCAGCGCUCUCUCAUGAACGAGCAGUUUGAGAUUGUCGUCAUCCUCGAGGGCAUCGUGGAGACUACAGGUAUGACAUGCCAGGCACGUACAUCUUACACCGAGGACGAGGUCUUGUGGGGCCACCGUUUCCUGCCGGUGAUGUCCCUGGAGGAAGGCUUCUUCAGGGUGGACUACUCUCAGUUCCACAGCACCUUCGAGGUACCGACGCCGCCGUACAGCGUCAAAGAACACGAAGAGAAGAACUCACUGCCCUCGCCUUUAUCCACUCCAACCCCCGCACUGACUGAGAGCCACGGCGCCCGACGCGACCGGGUGUUUUCCGUGGACUGCAUCAACACCUCAGAGGAAAGGGGUCGCCACGGGGGCGCCGGGGGUCGACUGCCGAGCAAACUGCAGAGGAUGAGCUCGUCGGGGAAAGAGGACCUGCAGAGGAAGGUUCUCCUGCUCACCUCCCAGCACUCGGAGAAGGCCUGCAGCACCGGAGACCUGCCGCUGAAGCUGCAGCGCCUCAUCUCCUCGCCCGGACCCGAGACCGAGACUCGGCUGCAGCUCAAGUCCUUCAAGGUGGGCUUCGAUCCGAUGACCCAGUCCACCGGAAACCUGUACCAGCAGAGCCUGCCGCCCACGCCGUCCCCGGCCCCGGUCCCCAUGCACAGCCCUCUUCUUUCAACUGGGAGGAGGCUGGAGGACACUCUGCCACCAAAGCUACGGAAGAUGAACGCUGACCGCUGA